AUGGCAAAAGUAGAAAUCAAAUACACAAAGUUGUUCAUCAACAACGAGUGGGUGGACGCUGUCAGCAAGAAGACCUUCCCCACCAUCAACCCUCAGGAUGAGACCGUUAUCGCACAAGUGGCUGAAGGCGACAAGGCUGACGUAGACUUGGCCGUAGCCGCAGCCAAGAAGGCGUUCCACCGCUACUCCGAAUGGCGUACCCUCGAUGCCUCCCAAAGAGGUCGCCUCCUCCUCAAACUGGCUGACCUCAUGGAAAGGGAUGCCAAGUACCUGGGUGAACUGGAAACCCUCGACUGCGGCAAGCCCGUCAAACAGGCUGAAGGAGAGGUUUUGUGGUCUGCUGGCAUCAUCAGAUACUAUGCUGGCAAAGCUGACAAAAUCCUCGGAAACACCAUUCCCGCAGACGGUGACGUCAUGACCUUCACCUUGAAGGAGCCCGUGGGUGUUUGUGGACAAAUCCUGCCAUGGAACUACCCAAUCCCCAUGUUCGUAUGGAAAAUCGCCCCUGCUUUUGCAGCUGGUUGCACCGUGGUCCUCAAGCCCGCUGAACAGACUCCCCUAACUGCCCUCGCUAUGGCAGCCCUUGUCAAGGAAGCUGGUUUCCCUGCUGGAGUCCUCAAUGUUAUCCCUGGCUACGGACCCACAGCUGGAGCAGCCAUCAGCCACCACCCUGACGUUGACAAGGUUGCCUUCACUGGAUCCACUGAGGUGGGCAGAAUCAUUAUGGGAGCUGCGUCUGCUGUCAACCUCAAGAGAGUCACUCUUGAGUUGGGAGGCAAGAGUGCUCUAGUCGUCUUCAAUGAUGCCGAUGUUGAAAAGGCUGCUGAUAUCGCACACAGGGCUGCGUUCGCCAACGCUGGUCAGUGCUGCGUAGCUGGCACCAGGACCUAUGUGCAGUCUGGCAUCUACGACAAGUUUGUUGCCAAAGCCGCCGAGAUCGCCAAGAACAGAUCCGUCGGAAACCCUUACACAGACGUCCAGCAAGGCCCUCAGAUCGAUAAUGACAUGUUCACCAAAGUCAUGGGCUACAUUGAUGCUGGUAAGAAGGGUGGUGCCCGUUGUGUAGCUGGUGGAGCUCGCCAAGGCAACGUUGGUUACUUCGUUCAGCCCACCGUCUUUGCUGAUGUCAAGGAUGACAUGAAAAUCGCUAGGGAAGAGAUCUUUGGACCCGUCCAGAGCAUCCUUAAAUUCGAGACCUUUGAAGAGGUCGUGGACCGUGCCAAUGACUCCAACUACGGUUUGGGUGCUGGUGUGAUCACCAAUGACAUCACCACAGCCCUGGCCUUCAUCAAACAUGUCCGCGCCGGAUCUAUGUGGGUCAACACCUACGACCAGGUAUCCCCACAGACUCCAUUCGGAGGAUUCAAGGAAUCUGGUAUUGGAAGGGAGAUGGGCGAAGACGGUAUCCUACAGUACCUGGAGACGAAGACUGUUUCUUUCAGCCUAGCCAAGAAGCCUCAACUGUAA